CACGUCUGUGGACAGGGGGUCUCUCGCUGGUGCUGUGUGUGUUUAUCUCUCUUUUCUUUCCUGUUCUGCUUAGAAAUAACCACCCGGAAGUCCUGAGAUUGGUUUGAGGUGUACCCGGAAGCCCUGGGAUAGAUCUCGGAGUAAAGUGACACGUAGUAACAGAUCCGGAUUAGGAAGCGGGAGCGGGAGCGGGAGCGGGCAUGGCUGGCUUCAGAUCAUGGGACACGACACGUUGCAUUUAAGUUGCGCUGCAUUCUCGUGUGUUUUAAACAGGAACUCCAGCAAAAGUGGCCGAUGACUCUCGCUCUCUCGCUCAGGAAGCUGGCGAUGCUCUCGGCGUUUGGAAAGUUUCACCAAUGGCUUUUGCCGCGUACAAUGAAGGCGAUAAGAACACCAACAUGAACCUCAUCCGUCCGGGAGACUCGCCAAACGAAAUGCCAAUCAGCCGGACUCACGCUCAUGGCACUUAUUGGUCAAAGUCGGAAGCUAAAUCAUGGGUCCCAUUUUUGUUUAUGGGCACCUGCCUGCUGUACUGUGCUAGAGUGACUCUGCCCAUCUGUGUGUCGGCCAUGGCAGAACAGUACGAGUGGGACAAGAAACAGUCGGGCGUUGUGCUGGGAAGCUUCUUCUGGGGCUACUGCCUGACGCAAAUCAUAGGCGGCUACAUCAGCGACAGAUUGGGUGGAGCCAAAAUACUAAUGCUAUCUACAUGUGCCUGGGGGUUUGUGGUCAUCUUCACCCCAGUUAUUGUUCAUCAAAGCUCUUCCCCAAUUGUACUUUUGACAGCAUCCAGAUUCCUUAUGGGCUUGUUACAGGGUGUGUUUUAUCCAUCCCUGAUGAGUUUAUUCUCCAUUAAAGUUCGGGAAAGUGACCGAGCGUUUACUUCCAGCUCCGUCUGCACAGGUUCCCAGGUUGGAACGUUAUUGCUCGGAGCUGUAGGGUCGGUGUUGUUACACAGGUACGGCUGGGAGAGUGUGUUCUAUUUCUCUGGUCUCCCCUCGCUGUUGUGGGGCGUCUGCAUGUGGAAAUAUUUCCUUAAAGGACAAGACCAGAUAAUAUCUUUGGAAAGCUUGGGCAACGGGCUGGUGAACUCAAAGAACAGUAAGGUUCCAUGGAGAAAAUUGUUCCAGAGCACAGCUGUCUGGGCUGUCAUUGUUGCCCACAUUUGCCUGGCAGGGACGUUCUUCUGCCUUUUGUCCUGGAUGCCAACAUUCUUCCAUGAUCUGUUUCCUGAGUCCAAGGGUUGGGUAUUCAACGUGGUCCCCUGGGCUGUAGCCAUCCCAUUCUCAUUGUUUGGGGGCUUGCUAACCGAUCACCUGAUCAAACUCGGGUUUGACACUGCCAAAGUGAGGAAGAUAAUGACGGUGUUUGCCAUGGGCUUAUCCAGCAUCUUUACCAAAUUAUUGAGUUACUCGGGCAACUAUUACCAAGCUGUAAUAUUCCUGUCUGCUAGCUUAGGACUUCAGACUUUCAACCACAGCGGCGUUUCUGUAAAUGUUCAAGAUUUGGCGCCAUCCUGUGCUGGCUCACUAUUUGGUAUUAUGAAUACAGGUGGAGCCUUGUGCGGGGUUGCCUUUGUCUACCUUGCCGGUUACCUCAUAGAGACCUCAGGAUCAUGGCCGUCUGUUUUCAAUUUCAUCUGCGUCGUCAACACCUUCGGCCUUUCCUUUUUCCUCUUCUUCGGCCAAGCGACACGGAUAGACAUUUAAAAGAUAGUCGUCUCGGACGGCAUUGAACGCCAAAGUAUCUCGCAAACAGCCUUCCGGGUCGAGGGAAGACAGUGCUUUUACGAUGGGCGGUGCGGUGGAGUUGCUGCCUUACAGCGCCGGAGGCCCGGGUCCCAUCCCGUCCACGGGUGCUGUCUCUGCGGAGUUUGCACGUUCUCCCCAUGACCGAGUGGGGUUUUUCAGGGUUUCCUCUCACACUCCAAAGACGUGCCCAUGCGGGUUCAUAGCUCAAUUGGCUUCUGUCAUUUGCCUGUGGUGUGUACGAUGGGUUAGAAUAGAACUAGCCCUUUGUUUACGCACAACGCACGCAUAACGACAGUUUUUUAUUUGCACAAAAAUGGUGACUCUUUUUUAGUGAUAUUAUUUUGUUGGACAGAUUUUUACACGACUAUUUAUCUGAAUGUAAAAAUAUGAAUGCAGGACCAAAAUAAAGUGGCUUCUC